AGCUAUAUUGCUGCAUGACUGUUGAUUUACGAAAGCCAAGCCGCUAUUCUGGAAUCUGGAAUUGUGUGGAAUUUUUGCAACUAAUAUUGCUCUUCUAUUGAGCUUCUUGUGAUUAAGAGACACGGCUUUUAACAAUGUUUCGCAAUCAGUAUGACAGCGAUGUAACAGUAUGGAGUCCACAAGGACGUCUGCAUCAAGUGGAAUAUGCUAUGGAAGCUGUAAAACUGGGAUCGGCUACUGUAGGUCUCAAGAAUAAAACACAUGCUAUUCUCAUUGCACUGAAAAGAGCAUCGUCGGAACUGUCAGCUCACCAGAAAAAGAUCAUACCGAUAGACAAGCAUAUGGGAAUCAGUAUUUCGGGUUUGACUGCUGAUGCAAGAAUAUUGAGCCGUUAUAUGCGAACCGAAUGCCUAAACUUUAAGUAUGCUCACGACGAUACAUUACCUGUGAGUCGCUUAAUCACAUCCCUGGGAAAUAGAAUGCAGACAUGCACGCAGAGAUAUGACAGACGUCCGUAUGGUGUCGGUUUACUCGUAGCAGGAUACGAUGAUCAAGGACCGCAUAUAUAUCAAACAUGCCCAUCAGCGAAUUAUUUUGAUUGUAAAGCAAUGGCUAUAGGGUCUCGCUCUCAAAGCGCGAGAACGUACUUGGAGAAACAUUUGAACGAAUUUUUAUCGUGUGAUCUCGAUGAGUUGGUGAAGCAUGGCCUUAGAGCAUUACGUGACACCUUACCUAAUGAAGUCGAUCUGUCAGUGAAGAAUGUAUCAAUUGGAAUAGUAGGAAAGAAUUAUGACUUCACAAUUCUCGAUGAACCAGCAACAGCCACUUAUUUAUCCCAGAUUGAAGGAGAUGAUAAACGCGCUAGACCUGCAGAGCAGGUUGUGCAGGACGAUAGGCCUCCACAAGAUCCACCUGCCGACGAAGGCCCGCAAGAUCCUCAAGUAGCCAUUGCCAUGGAUACAGAUUAAACGAUAAUAAAAAAAAAUUAAACAAUA